CCGCCUUGUCUGGCUUGCAAAAUGCUCUUUACUUAUUUGUUUAAUCCUGCCCUGGGACAAGGUGCGUGCUGUGACGCCCAGGUGUGCCCUGUGCACUCAGAGCGAUGCCCAGCACGGUGCUUAUGCCAUUUAUCCUGAGGCCUUGGAUCCUUGGAGUGAUUCCUCCCAGGUGGCUCAUCCAGCUGUAACCACCUGUGCAGUAUUUCCUGCUUGGCAUGAGGGGAUGCUGUAGCCGUGCGAGGAGAAGGAUGGAUUGACACAGCCCCAGCAGUUGUUUCUCCACCUGAAGGCCAGGCUGAGGGGCUCAGUCUUCAGGGAAGGAGCCAUUUGUUGGACACAAACACCCCCCUGGGCUGUGGUGAGGGGAGAGGAGCCGCCGCCGCAGAUCAAGCCGCUCCUGGAGGGGAAAAUACCGCUUUGGUUUGGUGUCUAAUUAGAUAUUUACCAGGAAGGAAGGAAAGAUAUAAAUAGGGUGACAGUGACUUCAAAGGGUGUUUUUGACUUCUAAGAAUAACACCUUUGCUGGCGCCGAUUUCGGGAAAAUCAGCUGUGCUUGGGUGUGAAAGACGGAGGAGGUGUCGCAGCUCGGUUGGCAGCCAAGGGAGCAAACCCAGACCCCCGGCCCUACGGGACCAGCUGAGGAGGGGACAUUGGCAUCGCUGCAAGGGCCUGUGGAGAGCUCAGCUGGAUCCACAGGGACUCAGGGGAGGGAGUUUGGGGAAGAGGAAGCUGCCAGUGCCGCAGUGUGGGUGGGAGGGGACGUGUGGCACCAUGGGGACCCCGUCCCCACGGGCAGUGCUGGUGCUCGCCGUGGUGCUGGUGGGACUCUGGGCUCCCUGUGGGGUGUAUGGGCAGCCCAACUUCAUCGUCAUUCUGGCAGAUGAUGUGGGCUGGGGGGACCUCGGGGCCAACUGGGCAGAGACCAAGGAGACCCCGCACUUGGAUCAAUUGGCUGCCGAAGGGACAAGGUUCGUGGAUUUCCACUCAGCCGCAUCCACUUGCUCCCCGUCCCGUGCCUCGCUGCUCACGGGGCGCCUCGGGGUGCGCAACGGGGUCACCCACAACUUCGCCAUCACAUCGGUCGGCGGCCUCCCCCUGAACGAGACCACCCUGGCUGAGGUCCUGCGGGAGGCUGGGUACAGCACAGGAGCUAUAGGCAAGUGGCACCUGGGACACCACGGCCGCCAUCACCCCAACUCCCGCGGCUUCGACUACUACUUUGGGAUCCCCUACAGCCACGACAUGGGCUGCACGGACACCCCUGGGUACAACCUGCCGCCCUGCCCGCCCUGCCCGCGGCACGGCGCGCCUGCCAGGGUGGCGAGGAAGGACUGUUACACUGAGGUCGCUCUUCCUCUCUUUGAGAACGUCACCAUCGUCCAGCAGCCCGUGGCCCUCGGCAGCCUGGCCACGCGCUACGCGGAGGAGGCGGUGCGGUUCAUCCGGCGGGCGAGCGAGAGUGGACGCCCCUUCUUCCUCUACCUGGCUCUGGCCCACAUGCACGUCCCGCUGUGGGACCCCCAGCCAGGCCCCCCCUUGGGCAGGGGCAUCUAUGGAGCCUCCCUGAGCGAGAUGGAUGCCCUGGUGGGACGGAUAAAGGAGGUGGCCGACAGCCACGGGAAGGGCAACACGGGCAACACGCUGCUGUGGUUCACAGGUGACAAUGGCCCCUGGGCACAGAAGUGUGAGCUGGCAGGACGCCUGGGGCCGUUCGUGGGGGCCUGGCAGAGGCAGAGAGGCGGGAGCUCAGCAAAGCAAACGACCUGGGAAGGAGGGCACCGUGUGCCAGCAGUGGUGUACUGGCCUGGCCACGUCCCUGCCAAGCGCACGAGCCGUGCUCUGCUCAGCACCCUGGACAUCUUCCCCACGCUGGUGGCCCUGGCUGGGGCAGCGCUGCCCCCGAACAGGCGCUUUGAUGGCUUGGAUGUGUCCCCAGUUCUCUUCGGGUGGUCGGAUGAGGGGCACAAGGUUCUGCUCCACCCCAACAGUGGGGCAGCUGGGAAGGUCGGCGAGAUCGAGGCGCUGAGGCUGGCUCAGUACAAGGCCUUUUACACCACAGGAGGGGCAAUGGCCUGCGAUGGGAGCACUGGGCCAGCUGAGCAUCACCAACCACCCCUCAUCUUCAACCUGGACCGCGACAUCCAGGAGCAGGAGCCUUUGGAUGUGGCAUCCAGGGAGUACCAGGCAGUGCUGCCCGUGAUCAGCAGGGCUUACACCCAAGCUCUGGAGGACAUUGCAGCCGACAACGUCUCGGUUGCAGAUUACUCCAAGGAUCCAGCCGUGAUUCCCUGCUGCAACGCGCAGCACGUGGCCUGCCGGUGCCACGGGGCUCACGCAGCCACGCUGCACCUUCCCACGGAGAGAAGAACAACACGGCUUUGUCUCUAAAGCAAAUAACUGCUCAGGCUGCUCCUUUCCCCAGUGUGGUGUCUGUGAAUGGGAUGUGCUGGCUCCAGGCUGGAGGUUGGCCACGGAUGGAGGCUGGGUCACCUUUGCUCCGUGUAGGAAGCAGGGAGGUGAGUUGGUUGUGGCUCUGGGGCAGCACACAGAGGGUCCCCUUUGCUGCAGAGCAGGGCACUGCAGUACCUUGCUGGCUCUGGGCACGUGGGAAGGCUUUUUGUAGGGCUUUUUAGCUGGGAAAGAGCCAGGUCUUGGAUUAAAACUACCUUCUGUGAGAGCUGGCUUUGGGAGAGAAUUCCUCUGGGAAAUAUGCUUGGCCUUCCCUCUAAAAUGGGAGUUACAGGAGCUCCCUGUGGGAGCACAGGGCAUGGGAGGACAGGGCCUCUGAGCAAACAUCCCUUCUGGUGCUGAGAACCUGGAAGUCUGUGGCUGCAGAGAGAAAAUUCCCGGCUGGCACGAGGUGAGUGCUCUGGGAAAUGGAGCAGCUGCCCUCCCAGCUGCCCCCCCAGCUGCCUGGUGAGGUUUGUUAGUGAGGCCACGGUAAGACCCAGCUUUCUGUGGAAGGAAAGGGGUCCUGAGC